UAAAUAAUUUGCUGUACCAUGAGAGUUUCUUGCUAUUAGGGUUAUAUAUGGCAAACAUAAUAUGUCUUUUCAUGUGAAUAUAAAUCGAAUGAUCACCUAUUACCAGCAAUUGCACUAGCUUAACCUACUAAAAUGAUGAUGCUCUUUGAACACUUAACAAACUUCAAUUGCCAAGCAUUUUUAUCACCAAAAUACCAUCACCUUCAGAAGUGGUUUUCAUAGUUGUUAGAUGUUAACAUUUUUCACAGAAAUUCAGAUGAUUUUAAACAGUGUUUGGACCUACAAAUGCACCAAUUGUAUUCCAAGGCCCAAAAGAAUAAUUAGCACAAAUUAACAUCAUUAAAGGAGCUGUCAUGUUCAUUGCCUAAUUAGUGUGCCUUUGCUAUAUUCUCCUACUCCUCUAUAAAUAUAAUGAUUAUGAUUCUUUGUAAUCUGUAAUUUGAUUAAACCUACCAUCCAAAACUGGCCGAUGCAUGCAAGAAACUCUCCUAAUUACUUCAAUACUAUAACAAAGAUAGUGAUGAUUUGAAUUCAUGUCCCACACUAUUUAAAUAACAUUUAAAAAAAAAGACACUAUACUUACUAAUUGGAUUCUCUAUUUCUCUCUCUAGUGAAAGAAAGAAAAAAGGUGACUUCCUAUAUUAAAGUUAUAUUCCUAAUGGCCAACAGGCCCAACACCAUCCAAAUUAUCUAUGACCCAGAGGGGUCCAUUCUUGCCCACAAAAGCAGCCCAAUAAUAUUCCCAUAUAUCAACUAAUCCCAUACGUCACUCCCCGCUUUAAUGCAUGUCCUUUCUCUAUUCCCCAUGCACCUCUCCUAGUCUUACCCAACAAAAAUAAAAAUAUAAACUGACACCAUUUUCUUUUACCUGGGUCUCCAAAAUUUGUCCUUCCUUCUCCACUGCGAGUUCCAAUGGAGAUUUUCCAUUUCUUGUACCCCAUCAUUCUCGUAGUUAUGGUGUUAACUGCAGAGGUUUUGGCAGCUGAUCCUUACUCGGAGGCACUUUUAAGCUUAAAAUCUGAGCUUGUUGAUGACGAUAACAGUUUGGGUGAUUGGUCUGUCCCUAACGGAGGUAACCCAUCUGGGAGAGUUUAUGCAUGUUCUUGGUCUGGUGUCAAAUGUAACAAGAACUCAACUAUUGUCAUUGGCUUGGACCUUUCUGUGAAGAAUCUUGGUGGUUUUUUGUCUGGGAAGCAGUUUAGUGUCUUCACAGAGCUGGUUGAUCUCAACCUCAGCCAGAAUUCAAUUUCUGGGCGGCUUCCAGCAGGAAUCUUCAAUCUUACCAAUCUGAGAAGCUUGGAUAUCAGCAAAAACAAUUUUUCUGGCGAUUUUCCAAGUGGGAUCUUCAGUCUGCAAAAUCUGGUUGUGUUUGAUGCCUUCAGCAACAGCUUUUCAGGGUCAUUGCCCGUCGAGGUCUCCCAGCUUGAACAUCUCAAGGUACUAAAUCUAGCUGGGAGCUACAUCGCUGGUUCAAUUCCACCAGAAUAUGGGACUUUCAAGAGCCUUGAGUUUCUUCACCUUGCAGGUAACUUUCUCGGUGGUAACUUACCCCCAGAACUGGGGAAGCUAAAGACAGUGACCCACAUGGAGAUUGGCUACAACUCUUACCAAGGAAGUAUCCCUUGGCAGUUCGGUAACAUGAGUGAGCUUCAGUACCUUGACAUAGCUGGUGCAAACCUUUCUGGCUCAAUACCAAAGCAACUCUCCAAUCUCACUCAGCUUCAGUCACUGUUUCUCUUUAGGAACCAGCUUACUGGAUUGAUACCAUGGGAGUUUAGCACUAUCUUGCCUCUCACAGAUUUGGACCUCUCCGAUAACCAGAUUUCUGGACCAAUCCCAGAAAGCUUUGCCAAGUUGAAGAGUCUGAGACUGCUCAGUCUCAUGUGCAACAGUAUGAAUGGCACUGUCCCUGGAGGCAUUGCUCAACUUCCAUCACUUGAAACUCUUCUUUUAUGGAGCAACUUCUUCUCUGGAUCACUUCCAGAAACUCUGGGCAGGAACUCAAAGCUGGAAUUGGUGGAUGUUUCUACAAACAAUUUUGCUGGCAACAUUCCACCAGACAUCUGUGAUGGAGGUGUGCUAUCCAAGUUGAUUCUGUUCUCAAAUAACUUCACUGGCAGUCUUUCACCAUCCCUCUCCAAUUGUUCUUCACUUGUGCGUCUUCGAGCUGAAGAUAAUUCUUUCUCAGGUGAGAUCCCAAUCAGUUUUAGCCGUCUUCCAGAUAUUACUUACAUAGACCUGUCUAGGAACAAGUUUACAGGUGGAAUACCCACAGACAUACAUCAAGCUUCAAAGCUUCAGUACUUCAAUAUCUCAAAUAAUCCAGGGCUUGGAGGUAUGAUACCAUCAGAAACUUGGUCUUUGCCACUUCUUCAGAACUUCUCUGCAUCAUCUUGUAAUAUCUCGGGCAAUAUUCCUUCUUUCCAAUUGUGCAAAUCCCUUGCUUUCAUUGAAGUCCACACGAACAAUCUGUCAGGAACUAUCCCAACAACUGUCUCCAAUUGCCAGUCUCUUGAGAAUAUGGAUUUGGCUAACAAUAAAAUAACUGGUCAUAUACCUGACGAGCUUGCAAGUCUUCCUGAACUAGGUGUUCUUGACCUGUCAUGUAACAAUUUGAGUGGCCAAAUACCUGCAAAGCUGGGUGAUUCUUCAAGCCUUUUACUACUAAACGUGUCUUUCAAUGAUAUUUCUGGUUCCAUUCCCUCAGAAAAGGUAUUUCGAUCAAUGGGUAGUAGUGCAUACGUUGGUAAUCCAAAGCUGUGUGGAGAACCCCUGCAGCCAUGUUCUGCUUCAAUGGCAAUGCUGGGAAGCAAAGGCAUAGGGAAGCUUAUAUUGGUUCUGCUACUUUGUGCUGUUGUGGUUGGAUUCGUUGUAGCAUCAAUUUUGGGAAUACGUUAUUUCAGGAGAGGAAAUAUAGGCCAAUGGAAUAUGGUAUCGUUCAACGGGCUCCCCCGAUUCACUGCAAAUGAUGUUUUGAGGAGCUUUAGUAGUACAAAAUCCAUGGAAGCCCUGCCUUCACCAUCUACUUCAGUCUGCAAAGCAGAACUUCCUACAGGAAUAACAGUUUCAGUGAAGAAGAUUGAAUGGGGAACUAAGAGAAUGAGAAUUGCCACAGAGCUCAUCACUCGAAUGGGCAAUGCAAGGCACAAGAAUUUGGUCAGAUUGCUUGGUUUCUGCUACAACAAGCAUCUUGGUUACCUCCUGUAUGAUUACUUGCCUUUGCCUAAUGGGAAUUUGGCAGAGAAGACUAGAAUGAGAAUGGACUGGCCAAUUAAGUACAAAAUAGUGAAUGGCAUUGCACGGGGACUUAGCUUCCUUCAUGAUGACUGUUAUCCUGCAAUUCCUCAUGGAGAUUUGAAGUCAAGCAAUAUAGUUUUUGAUGAAAAUAUGGAGCCACACCUAGCUGAAUUUGGUUUCAAAUACCUGAUCCAAUUGGCCAAAGGUCCAUCUCCAACAACAAACUCCGGAAGAGAAACAGGUGAAUUCAACAAUGAUUUGAAAAAGGAGUUGUACAUGGACAUUUUCAGCUUUGGAGAGGUCAUCCUUGAAAUCUUGACAAAUGGUAGGCUAACGAAUGCUGGAGAUAGCAUACAGAGCAAGCCAAGAGAGGUACUUCUGAGGGAAAUAGAAGAUGAUAAUGAAGCUAGUUCCACUGGCUCAAUGCAAGAGGAGAUAAAGUUAGUUCUUGAAAUUGCUUUGCUCUGCACCACAAGUAGGCCGUUGGAAAGGCCAUCCAUGGAAGACAUAUUGAAACUUUUAUCCCAACCAAAAUCAUAAGGAAACUAGCAAAGAUAUUGAAGCAGAAGAGCUGUAAUAUCAAAAACCAAAUUACCAAAUCAUAGCGUGAACAUAUACAGCAAGUAGCUAGCUUAUAAGAGUGGCUGUUUGUAUUUUAUUUGCCCAAUAGUUUGAUAUGUAUCGAUACCAGUACUACGGUUUGCUGUAAUAUAGCGUUUUUAUAAGUUUGUGCAUUCUUAAAGGAUCUUAUUCAUAUUGUUACUCUUA